UCCCGGAGCCCCGCGAUGCUCCGCCGCCGCCUGCCCCUGCUCGGGCCCGGGCUGCUGCUGCUGCAGACGGUGUGUGCUGGCGGUCACGUCGCCAAGACCUUGGGGUACCUGGAGAUGGGCACCUCCGGCCUCCUCAAGGAUGUCCCCUACGGCACCCUGAAGCCCCCGGUGCUCGACCCCGGGCGGCUGAUUCCGGCAGAGCCCCCCCGGGGCGCGGGGACACCGGCGGGCACCGGACGGAGCCCCUGGGACUGGCAGAAGAACCAGACGGCCGGGGAGCUGCUGAGCCCCCGCGCCCACCGCAAGCCCACCCUCAAGUCGAGCCGCACCAAGAAGAUUUUUGGUUGGGGCGACUUCUACUUCAACAUCAAGACGCUCAAGUUCAGCCUCCUGGUGACGGGGAAGAUCGUCGACCACAUCAACGGCACCUUCAGCGUCUACUUCCGACACAACUCCUCCAGCCUGGGCAACGUCUCCGUCAGCAUCGUGCCCCCCUCCAAGGCGGUGGGUUUCGAGGUGCUGGUGCCCGGCCCCCCAGCCCUGCUGCGGCCACCGCCCCCUCCCCAGCAGAGCACCCUGCCCGAGGGGCGCCCGGCCAAGGCGCUCAAUUGUCACGUGGAGUACGAGAAGACGAACCGGGCGCGGAAGAACAAACCGUGCCUGUACGACCCGUCCAAGGUGUGCUUCACGGAGCACACGCAGAGCCACGCGGCCUGGCUCUGCGCCAAGCCCUUCAAGGUCAUCUGCAUCUUCAUCUCCUUCCUCAGCAUCGACUACAAGCUGGUGCAGAAGGUCUGUCCCGACUACAACUUCCAGCACGACAACCCCUACUUCGGCUGACGGCACCGGGGCAGGGGAUGGCUGGGGGACAGGGGGGUUUCAGUGUCACUCGGGGGCCCCCUGUCACCCCCACACCAGCCUCCUCUUCAUCACUCUGUGCUGGGUUGUGGGACAGUCGGUGCUGGGGGUCCUGGACCCCACCCAGUGCCGUCCCAUCACUGGGAUUCAGUUGGUUCUGGGGGUUGCAGGUUCCCCCCCUAAAAUGACAUCCCAUCCCUGCACCACAGUGGGGUACAGCCAGUUCUGGGGGUCCCACCCACCCACUGAGACCCCAUCACUGAGUACCCCGUACUGGGGUAGAGCUGGUGCUGGGGGUCCCAGUUCCCCCCCCCCCAGUGACAUCCCAUCACUACAUCACUGGGGUAGAGCUGGUGCUGGGGGUCCUAGACCCCCACCCCCUGAGACCCAUCAUUGGGGUACUGGGGGUCCCCUCCGCUCCCUGAGACCCAUCCCUGGGGUACACCUGUUCCUGGGGGUCCCAGCCCCCUCCCCCGCUGACACCCCAUCAUUGCAGCACUGCCCGUGCUGAGAACCCUGGACCCCCACCCACUGAGACCCCCCCCCCACCCACUGAAACUCCAUCCCCCCCCCCCCCACCCAUCGGGUACAACUGGUGCUGGGGGUCCCGGCCCCCCCACCCACUGAGACCCCCCCCCCACACUGCAGCUGGGGGGGUG